AGUUUCUAUAUUUAUUCAAGAUUCGAGCUCCCUGUUUUUAAAGUUUGAGAUAUAUAAAAUUAAACUAUAAUAAAUAAUUAAGAUCUGAGGUAGUUUUAGGUAGAUAGGAGAACAAUGAGUGAUAAGGAAACAAAAAAGACUGAAGCUGGAGAAGCUAGCGGAACUAGUAAUAACAACAACGCUCCAAAUAAUACUGAAAUACAUCCAGCAAUAAAAAAUGUAAGCGUCUUUCUAAGUUUGGAGAAUUGUGAGAAAUUCAUUGAUAAAGAGAAUCACUCAGCCCGCAUUACUAAAUUAAGAGAACAAGGCCUGAGUCACUUGCAAGAAACUAAUUGGAUGUAUCAAAACAACUAAACUAUUGCUC